AUGCACCCAUUUAAAACUCCAGAACUUGUGGACGCCAUGCACAGGAAACACCUCCAGGAGAUUCCUGACCAGGGUAGCAACGUUACUACCAGCUUCACAUGGGGAUGGGAUUCUAGCAAGACUUCUGAACUGCUGUCAGGCAUGGGGGUCUCCGCCCUGGAGAAAGAGGAGGUGGACAGUGAGAAUAUCCCCCAGGAACUGCUCUCAAACCUGGGCCACGCUCAGAGCCCCCCACGAAAACGGCUGAAGAGCAAGGGGAAUGACAAGGAUUUUGUGAUAGUCCGCAGACCUAAGCUAAAUAGAGACAGCUUUCCAGGUGUUUCAUGGGACUCCCUUCCGGACGAGCUGCUCUUAGGAAUCUUUUCCUGUCUGUGCCUCCCUGAACUCUUGAAGGUCUCCAGUGUUUGUAAGAGGUGGUAUCACCUAGCGUUUGAUGAGUCCCUGUGGCAGACCUUGGACCUCACAGGUAAAAACCUGCACCCGGAUGUGAUCGGCCGGCUGCUGUCUCGAGGGGUGGUUGCCUUCCGCUGCCCACGAUCAUUUGUGGAUCAACCAUUAGUUGAACAUUUCAGCUCUUUCCGUGUGCAACACAUGGAUCUGUCCAACUCUGUAAUCGAUGUGUCUACCCUCCACGGCAUUCUGUCCCGGUGCUCCAAGCUGCAGAAUCUAAGCCUGGAAGGCCUCCAGCUGUCAGAUCCCAUUGUCAAUAACCUAGCACAGAACUCAAAUUUAUUGCGACUAAAUCUUUCUGGGUGCUCUGGAUUCUCCGAAUCUGCCCUGAAGACUUUGCUGAGCAGCUGUUCCAGAUUGGAUGAGCUGAACCUCUCCUGGUGUUACGACUUCACUGAGAAGCACGUGCAAGUGGCUGUCGCGCAUGUGUCAGAGACCGUCACCCAGCUGAACCUCAGUGGCUACCGAAAGAAUCUCCAGAGAUCAGAUGUCUCUACCUUAGUUGGAAGAUGCCCCAAUCUUGUCCACCUAGACUUAAGUGAUAGUGUCAUGCUGAAGAAUGACUGCUUUCCAGAAUUUUACCAGCUCAACUACCUCCAACAUCUGUCACUCAGUCGAUGCUAUGAUAUCAUACCUGAAACUUUACUUGAACUUGGAGAAAUUCCCACACUAAAAACACUACAAGUUUUUGGAAUCGUGCCAGACGGUACCCUUCAACUGUUAAAAGAAGCCCUUCCUCAUCUACAGAUUAAUACUUCCCAUUUCACCACCAUUGCCAGGCCGACCACUGGCAACAAAAAGAACCAGGAGAUAUGGGGCAUCAAAUGCCGGCUGACACUGCAAAAGCCCAGUUGUCUAUGA